GCGGGUCCGGAGUGACUCCCUGCGGCCCUCCCUCGCCAUCGCUCUUUUUGGCUGUGGAGCCGCCGCCAUCAUGGGUCGCAUGCACGCUCCGGGAAAGGGCCUGUCGCAGUCGGCGUUGCCCUACCGCCGCAGCGUCCCCACGUGGCUGAAGCUCACGUCCGACGAUGUCAAGGAGCAGAUCUACAAGCUGGCCAAGAAGGGCCUGACCCCGUCCCAGAUCGGAGUGAUCCUGAGGGAUUCUCACGGUGUCGCUCAAGUUCGUUUUGUUACCGGUAACAAAAUUUUGAGGAUUCUGAAGUCUAAGGGGCUUGCUCCUGACCUGCCCGAGGAUCUGUACCACUUGAUCAAGAAGGCCGUUGCUGUUCGCAAGCAUCUUGAGAGAAACAGAAAGGACAAGGAUGCCAAGUUCCGCCUGAUCCUGAAUGAGAGCCGAAUUCACAGGCUGGCUCGCUAUUACAAGACUAAGAGAGUUCUCCCACCCAACUGGAAGUACGAAUCGUCCACAGCCUCUGCCCUGGUCGCAUAAGUUCUUGUGUACUAAAGAAUAAAAUGAGGUGAUGCUGAAAA